AUGAUAAUACUGCUCAUCUUGGUUCUUAUUCAGGGCCUGGCCCUUGCCAGAAACUGUGCCAAUUUCACCCUCCCAGUCGUCCCAGGUGCUGCGGUCCUGUCCCUUCACUCGAGCCUCGCCUACAACGUCUCCUUCCCCGCUCAACUCACGGGUAUCCCUGGAGACAUCCCAGGUCUCAACUUUUGCAACGUGUCUCUUGCACUCACGCACUCUGGAGCAAAUGACACGGUUUUCGUAAACGUUUGGCUACCCCCCGCAGACAGAUGGAACGGCCGCUACGCGGCGACCGGCGGCGGCGGUCUCGCAGCAGGAUACGAUUUCAACAUGGUCCUCCCAGCCCAUUCGGGCUUUGCAACUUCAUUCACCGACGGCGGAUUGACCCUCGGGAGACGGAUCGAUCCCCAGACAGGAUACUGGGGCCACAGGCCGGAUGGAACUUUGAAUACUGACCUUCUGACCAACCUGGCCCACCGCGCGGUACACACCAUGAGUGUUGUUUCGAAGGAUGUAAUCGGGCAAUUCUACGGGGUCGACAGUUUCCGUUCGUACUAUACCGGCUGUUCUCAAGGUGGGCGCAUGGGCUACCAUUCCGCUGCCAGAUACCCUUCCGACUUUGAUGGAAUCCUCGCCGUCGCCCCUGCGUUGAGCCCCGAGCUUCUUGGACCCGGUGACUUUUGGCCCUUCAUCGUCAUGGCGCAAGAGAAGCAGCUCGUCCCAACUUGCGUAUUCGAGACUUUCCAGAGGGAAAUCAUCAGAUACUGCGACCCUCUAGACGGUCUCGUUGACGGCUUGAUCUCGCAUUAUGAUCUUCUUGCGUCCUGCCCGUUCGAUCCCUCCUCCGUCGUCGGAAAAGCCGCGCAAUGCGGCAAGGACACGUCGAUACUCGUUACAGAAACGCACGCCAGGAUUGUGCAAAAGAUCAUGGACGGGGUCAAGGACGAUGAUGAUAACCUCCUGUGGUAUGGGCUCUCCACCGGUGCAACAUUCAGCGGCAUCGCGAAUACUACCCUGCGCAACAACUCUUUGGUCCCUGCUCCCUUCCCACCCGCCGCGGGUUGGCUUCGCGGGAUGAUUCUGCGCAACGUUACUGCGAACAUAUUCAAUCUCACGACCGAGGAGUACUUUGCCGCCUUUAAUGAGUCGAUGAGAAUUGGAGCCAAAAUCAUGGGGACAAGCGGCCUAGAUCUGACCGGCUUCUACUCCGCUGGAGGGAAAAUGCUCACCUGGGUCGGGUUAAGCGACGAAUACAUCAACCCAUCCAACCUCUUUCGAUUUCGCGAUUCUGUCGCGGCGAGCCUCCCACGUGAUACCUCUAUCGAUGCCUUUUAUCGCGUCUUUACGGCCCCGGGCGUCGGCCAUUGUCGUGGCGGGGCUGGUCCACUGCCUCUCGACGCCAUGGGAGCGCUCAUCAAUUGGGUGGAGAACGGCAUUCCGCCGGAGACGCUGUCGGCGAGAUCAAGGUUGCCAAAUGGACGGGUUGCCUCGCGGAAUCUUUGCAAGUACCCUGCCAAGCCCUUCUAUAUCGGGGGUGAUAUCUACGACAGCCACAGUUUCACUUGCAGGGACGAUGGGCAUCUGGCUGGAGGCGCUGAUCAUGUUAUUGGUUAGAUAGUCGAUGUCGAUAUGUUUGUGCUUGGACUGUCGUCGUGUUUUUGUCUUUUGUCGUCUCGUCUCUUCUGUCAUUGUCUUUUGUGGUUUCGAACAUGUGGUCAGAUACAAGCAGGGUUGGACAUACAUAGUGUCUUUGAGGCAUUAGAUAUAUCCUGUUUUAGAAUAGACUUUUGCUCUGCCGAGCUCAUGGUGAAUGU